AAAUGAAGUUUGAAGAUGAGCGCAGUUGCUGCUGCAAAGCAUGCUAUAAUCGAAAUAAACAUAAUUGUGUACGCAUUGUUUUUCACAUAAUAUACUGCAAUAUACCGCAAUGCGAUUGUGGAUAAUAUAAAAAAAUUAAGAGGAGCGAAUAAUAUUUGUCAUGGAACGAAUUUUUGAUGCUAAUCACCCCACAGAACAACGAAUAAAAGGUGUAAAGUACUUUAUUAAUCAAUCAAAUCCGUAUGAAUCUUGUACAUGGCUCUAUUGAAUGUGCCGAUCAAUCAAUACCAAAUUCAUUACUUGCAGUUACGGUCUUUUGCGUGUAAAACGAGCUGCUUUUAAACCAAAGAGAUUUAUUCUCACUGUCAAAUAUGCUUAAAAUUGCUAUAAAUCUUGCAUCGACAGAUUUUUUUGUAGGCCAUUAAUGUAUACCCUUAGAUGGUACAAAUGAAAGGACAAAUCUAGUAUACUUGUAUUCGCCGGUGAUUAGAUAAAAAACAUUUGUUAUUUUCUCUUAUCAUGGAAAUUAAUCUUAAGUGCUAGUACGGUAUAAGACGCCCAUAAAAAGCAAAAAUUGUAAGCAUAAAUAAUUAUGUCAACUAAGGCCAGUUCUCAGCCGGGACGACGUACGCCGCUCUCUCUAAGUGGUGCAGUCACCAAAACGCCCAGCAACAGUAAAAAUGCAAAUUCGAAUAAUACCGGAUCUAAUGGUCAUCCAGCUAAUGCCAAUGCCAAAACCGAUGAUAAAAAUCAACAAAAAACUGAACAACUGAUCAGUAAUAAUAAGAUGGAUGUAAAAGAUCAGACCACUCAGCCAUCUGCAAAUAAAAGGUUGGACAAAUCGCAGAACGGUGUUGGUGGUGUUAACACAAAAAUGGGCGGUAAUACAAACGUUAAAGAAAGACAUCAACACCAACAGCAGCAGCAACAACAGCAACAGCAGGUGCAACAGCAACAGAAUGGUAAUGACAAUAAAUUAAAUGAAAGCAGUAAUGUAAAGGACAAAAGAGAGAAAGCAGAGAAACCUGAGAAAAAGGAAAAAUCUGAAAAAGAUGAUAAGCAAAAUAAAGCGAAAGACAAAAAUGAAAAGAAAUUGAAAGACGACAAAGCAACUGAAGAAGCUAAGGCUGAAUUAGAAGUUGUUCCGCCAAAGCACGAAAAUAAAGGAUCGGAGAAGAAAAAGGAUCCUGUCGUUGAAGAGAAGAGCGUCCCGAAUGACAAUGCAGCUGAACAAAAGACUUUCGAGAAGAAAGAGGAGAAAAUGGAAAUUGAAGAAUCUAUCAAAUCUACUACUAUGGUUUCUACCCCGAAAAGCAAGGAAGACCAUAAAGUAGCUACGCCUACUACGAAAAGUGUAAAAACUGCAGCAUCCACUAAAGCUGGCGUAGAAAAAACACCACAAAAGUCGGGAACCGUCAACAAUAUGGAAAAACCGACUACGAUAGUAUUGGUUGCAAGUGAUGAGGAAGGGACCUCCUCUGCCGAUGUCUCGGAAAUGGAGCCUCUAGUGAUGGAUGUUUCCCCCAAUAAAUUACAACCGGAACAUCUAAAGACGAAAUCUUUAUCGCCCUCUGCCACUUCUACUCCUGGCAAAGCUCUAUCAAGUAAACGUAAUAAAGCCAAUGUCGUAUCGGAAACGGCUCAGCGAAGUACGCAAUUCAGCAGUUUGCCUGAACGUCCUCGACCAUUUUCACAAAUUUCUGGUAGACGUAGUAUACGACCCAUUACCGAUUACACACCAUCUAAAUUUCAGGGUAACCUGCAUUAUCGCGAAUCAUACAGACGCAUUGAUUCUGAAUUGGAUACUACCAGCAGCAGUUUGAACGUAACUGUAGGCUCCGAGCCAGCUAAUAAUUCAUCGUUCUUCUUCUUUGGUAGAGGACGCAAACGUGAGCGCACUCCUCCACCUACAAAAUUGCAAUCAACUGAUGGAUUAAGCGAAAUUGAAGUUUCACCACCCAAAAAGGCCCGUAUGGAUUUCUUAAGUGUCGUCUACUCCCCAAUUACAAUGUUACGCAAUCGCUUUUCACGGGCAUCGUUGCAAAGCAGUACCCCAGUCAAUUUGCAUCAGAAAUUCAAUACUGAAAUUGAAGUUCAAAACGAUGAAAUUGAAGUUCAAAACGUUUCCGGUGAGAUAACCACGCAAGAGGACUUACCGAUACCGAUAAGUUCCAACAAAAAUGAUAUUACAGACACCCAAGGUGAUAACGUUGACGUUACCUUGGGAUUGGAAAUUGAAUCCGGUGUUUCAACAUCAGACACCGUAACAGAAGACAUUGAUAAGGAGACGUGCCGAAAUACACAAAAAACCUGCUGUUUGGAUACCGAAGAGUCCGAUAAACAAUUUAAAGAGACUCCUCUUCCAAUCGGAGAUGGUAUUGCUGUAACCAAGAAUAAGAGAUGUGCUAUAAUGUAAUUAAGUCCGCUACCGCCAACACAUUCAUGCAUAAUCAUAUCUUAUUAUCAUAAAGUGUUUAAGUUGAGUUUUAAUGCAUCUCCAAUACCUGUUUUAUGAUUCUAUCCUAUCUAUAUGUUCUCAUCCGAAAAGAAGCUGCUUCAUUCACUUUCAAAACAAUAUUAGAAGAUAAACAAAGGUUAUUACAUUAACCUAGAAGAAGUGUGUGAGACCCGCAUUCUUUCAACCGUAGCUUUUUAAGUUUUAAAGAGAAAAGGCAAAUGCUGUUUUAUUAAAUGGAAAUUUUUGCAGUUUCUAUCAAUACAAGCAUGGCAGAGAUGCCAAAGAAGAACAAAAUUUAUUUUUAAUACAUAUUUCUUAUAUGUUUUAACCAUGACGAUGAUGCUGAUAAAGACAUGUAAGAUUGGUUUUUUCUUUUUUUUUUUCUUUCUUUUGAUAUAAAUUCAAUUAAUUUUAAGUCUUUUUUUUUUCUGUCUACCGUCAAUAUACACGUAUGUAAUGUCUCCUCAAUGUUAUACACCUUUCAGAAAUUUAUUAUAUUUUUUAUACUACUUUUUAAUUGCAAAUAUUUCACGAUCCAAUAUGAUUCCUUUCAUCAUUUCAUAUCCAAGCAAUUUGUAGUUUUUAAAAAUAAAAAAA